AUGGAACAAUUGGCGUACGCCCCAGCAACGUCGCGCUCGGUCUCGGAGAGCCUGAUCCGCCGCGCCAAGCAGUCUCUAGACCAUGAGAUCCCCCUCUUUGAGUCGAAUCGCCAAAGAGACCGCACCGAGUCGCUUGCAGAACUGUACUCCAUCAUAGUGGCGAUCAACGUUCUGGAGAAAUCUUUCAUCAAGGACAAAUUCCACGACAAUGAAGAGUACUACACGAACACGGUUAUGCGACUGAUUAACCAGUAUAACCUCAUUCUCAAGGACGACGAAAUCAAGAAAGAAUUCGACGACCUGGAUAAAUUCGUACAGCGUUUGCAAUUGGACUGUCCUCUGGCCGUGAAACGCAUCCAAAUCGGCCUCCCGGCAACCGCCACCCAAUCGCACGGCUCUUCAGCAGCCGUGAACCUCGCUCCGUCCGCCAGCGGAAGCGAGAUCGCGCUCAAGGGCAAAGCAAUUGCCGAGGCAACGGGCUCUUUUAUUACGCUAAUGGACGCAAUCAAGCUCAAUUACAACAAUAAAGAACAACUCCACCCGUUGCUCACUGACAUCGUGACCAGCACAAACAAGGUGUUUGGCGACUACGACGGUCGCGCCAAGCUCGUGCAAUGGCUGAUCAAGCUCAAUAAUUUAAAGCUGAAUGAGUCGCUCACCGAAGAAGAGCUGAAGGAGUUUCUCUGGGACAUCGACGUGGCUUACAAGGGCUUCUUUAGUUUGCUUGAAUGA